AUGGCUACUCAUGAUAAACUAUCAUUUCUGUUAAUAUUAUGCUUCUUUGGACAUGUUAUGAAUCUAUGUUCUGGUUUUGUUGUACCUCCAGAAGAUUGUAAUAAAAAUACGUACACAAAGGAGCAAUUGGACGAUUCCUGCAAAGGCAAAAACGUAAAAGAUGAACAAUCAACAAUAUGUAACGAGUAUUGUGAGAACGUACCUACGAUUGGUACCUCAAAGUUGCCAUCUCUACUCGCAAUACUUGGGCCACUUGCGGUUAAUAAAAUACAAGUUGGAUGUGUUGGUUAUUGUUCCCAAGAGAACACGUGUCUCUGUGCACCUGCUAGUGACGCAUUAUUUGAAGAACCUGGGAAAAUUAACGUAGCUGGUGUCAAUCCAGAACAAACAAUCUUUUUUUCAACUGUUUACAUAGAUGGCAAAAACGUCGCACUCACUGAUAUUCUUUGUGAAGAUCCUAAGUAA